AUGGGUAUCGAUGCGACCAUUGACGACUCCGCAACCUUCAAGAUGGACGAAGCUCUUUCCUCCAAAAUCUUCUGUUCAGUUUGCACGUUCAUUCUGGAGGACCCUGUUUCGCUCGUUUGUUGCGGAGCCCACCUGUGCUCCAAAUGCUGCGACGAUGUUCGACGAAGUCAGUAUCCGAACUGCCCGCUUUGCCGAAAAGCUUACUUCAUGUCGACAAAAGGGUAUUUGAUGGCGAGCGUAUUGAGCACUGUGCGGCUCGUGUGCGAGAAUGCCGACUGCCGGGCUUCUGUUCCUUACGACGAAUACGAGGCUCACAAGAAGAGUUGCCAGGAAUGGGCAGAAAAGGAAUGUCCAGAAUGCAAAAAGGCGACUUCAGUGAAGAAGUCCCACGAGCAUUUGGCGUGCUUGGAAACGCUGGCGACUAAGCUCACUGCGGCGGAGGAGCAGAUCAGAGAAUUGAAAAAAGAGAUCGAAGAAAUGAAGGAGGAGCAGCCAAGAAGAUCAAAAAGAAUAAAGAUUGAACCAGGGACUAUUUACGAGAGAAAACUCUUUCCGAAGCUUCAUAGUGAUGAAAAGAUAGAGGUCGCCGAGAAUGGAUGGAGUCUCAGGUUCAAAGGGAGUGGAAAUCGCAGACGUCCUUAUCGUCUCUGGAUCUGGACAAAUGAUGGCGCAGUACGGUUCAAAGCGGUGGCGGAGGAAAUUAAUAUCGACAAUGGAGACGAAAAGAGCAGUUCAACGAUCAAAAGUGAGGCUGAUGGUCCAUACAAAGAAGGAAUCAUGUUCAAAUGCACCGAAUACUUUUGCUUUAAGUCUUCUUCGAGAAAUUGCAGGAAAAACGUUCAUAAAGGAUAA